AUGAGAAAACUAACUUAGUUAUUUAAAAAUGGCUAUAUUCCCAAAAAAUGUUUUAUGCCUCAUUCACUGUCUAUAAAUUAAAGGUAUUUCUUUUCACGAUUACUUAAUUAUAUAGAUUCUCUUACUCAGACUUUUGCUAAAAAUUAAAUAAUCUCUUAAGAAGUAAGAGGAUUAUCUGAUCUUAAUAUGGCACCUAGAAAUUUAGAGCUAUCAAAAUAAAAAUAAGAGAAAGUUAAAUAAAUGUGUUUGAACAAUUAAUAAUAAUAAUAUCCUAAAACAGUUGACUCUUGUUUAAUUAAUGGAACUAUUUUUUAGAAAAUAAAAAUGAUAGAAGAUGCCAAAAAUUGUUAUUUAGAUGCUAUAAAAAUUGAUCCAAAACUCACUCUAGCUUAUUAACAUUUAGCAGAUAUUUAUGAAGAUACUAAGAAUUUUUAAGAAACUGAAAAGUAUUUGUUGAAAGCAUUAGAAAUUACCCCAGAUGAUAUAUAUUUAAAUUACAGAUUAGGAUUUCUUUACUAAAAAAUGGGUAACUUGAAAAGUCAAAGACAUUCUUUAUUAAGAGUGAAGAUUAAUAAAAAGCGUUAAAAGUGA